AUGAGCGCCUGGACCACUGGCAGAGCCAAUGUCUUGUUCAAUGGGCAGCCAAUUUGUCUAUGUGGUCACACUCCAAAAGCCAGGACGGAAAAGACCUCGGCCGACUUGAGACUACAUGAUCACUUAUUCCACAGGUCGAAACAGGAACAAUAG